CCUGAAAAUUUGGAAAUGUCAAAGAAGGUUACACAAACAACCCAAACUGUUGACCUGUGUCACUGCUUCAGUAAAGAAUGUUUCAUGUACCCUGUUGGAGGGGGACUUGGACCACCACAAGGAAUGAUGCCCAUGCAGCAACAGCAGCAGCAACAGGGGUUUCCCAUGGUCCCAGUCAUGCAGCCCAACAUGCAAGGCAUGAUGGGAAUGAAUUUUGGAGCCCAGAUGCCUACCGGACCGAUGCCCAUGCAGGGUGGCAUGGCGAUGGGGAUGCAGCCACCAGGCAUGCAGUUCAUGGGUCAACCUCAGUUCAUGGGAAUGAGGGCCACGGGGCCACAGUAUCCUGCCGACCUGCAGAAACAGAUGGCCGAGGAGCACCAAAAGCGCUUGGAACAGCAGCAGCGCAUGCUAGAGGAAGAUCGCAAGAGGAGGCAGUUUGAAGAACAGAAGCAGAAACUGCGCCUCCUGAGCAGCGUCAAACCCAAAACUGGAGAGAAGAGUCGAGAUGAUGCACUGGAAGCCAUAAAGGGCAAUUUAGAUGGCUUCAGCAGAGAUGCAAAGAUGCAUCCCACUCCAUCUUCUCAAUCUAAGAAACCAGACUCAUCGCCAUCUCACUCCUCUGUCCCACCACACUCCCUCUCCCCUGCUUUUGCAGAGGAGGAUGAUGAAUUUAGUGACUUUAUACAGGGCCCCGUUGAGGCCUCCUUUCCCAGUUCCUCCCUCCCUCUGUCCUCCUCUUCCUCAGGUGUCAGUAGGUCACCUUUAGAGGCAGGGCCUGGGCAGCAGCCCUCUUCCAGCCCUCUCCCCUUUUCCCUUGCUCCCUCUCUGCCUACACUCACUGUCCCUCACCACUCUUCUGUCAUCUCCAGCUCCCAAUCUACAUUCCAAGGCCCAUCUCUGGAGGAGAAGCUCUUCUCCUCGUGCGAUCUAACAGUCGAUAAGAAGGCUCAGGUUAACUUUAAGUCCCGCCAGGCCAUGUCUGAGCUGGCUCCCAGAGCUCCGGUAUCGGUACACUUCCAGAGUAGCUCAAGAGCUCACAACUGGGCCCAGUGCUCUGAUGACCUCAGUGCUGCCUUCACUGUGGAGAAGACUCCUGAGCCUCCAACUGCUUCCCCAGCUCCCACAGCAGCAGAAGCUCAGCCCCAUCAGGCAUCAAGUGCUAGUGCAGGUGUUGGUGUCUAUCCCCAACAAGAAAUGCAGUCCUUGUUGCCAGCCUGGCUCUACAACGACUCUCUUGUUCCAGAGAUGUUCAAGAAGGUUCUGGAGUUUACAAUGACUCCAGCAGGCAUUGACACAGCCAAACUCUACCCCAUCCUGAUGUCAUCGGGUCUGCCCCGAGAGGCUCUGGGUCAGAUCUGGGCCUCAGCCAACCGUACCACACCGGGCAAGCUGACCAAGGAGGAGCUGUACACCGUGUUGGCGCUGAUUGGAGUAGCACAGAGUGGGCUUCCAGCAAUGAGCCUGGACAUCCUGAGCCAGUUCCCUACCCCUCCAGUGCCCAACUUGCCUGCAAUGGCUAUGGCUAUGCCGGCUGUCCUGACGCACCAACAGCCCAUAAUGCCCCCUGCCACGUCUGCAGUCAUGCCCAUGGCCUCCAACUCGCUGGCACAACCUUCCAACAGCUUCGUCGCCAACUUCCCUCCUGUCCAGGGAUCCAAAGUGGAGGAGGAUGAUUUCCAGGACUUUCAGGAGGCUCCAAAAGCUGGAGAUGAUUCAUUCACAGAUUUCCAAGGAGAGACCGGAGGAACAUUCCCCGCUGUGACCUCCUCUCAAAGCAGCAUUCCAGCCAUGCUGACUCCAGUGUCUGGCUCUUCAUCCUCUUCUACCUCUGAUAAGUAUGCAGUGUUUAAACACCUGUCAGUGGAGCAUCCUUCAGAACCCACGCCUCCUGUCUCAGAUCUUGGAGACAAAUACAGUGUGUUCAGAGAGCUGGAGCAGCCAUCAGACAAAAAGCCAGUUGGGGAAGGUUUUGCUGAUUUCAAGUCCGCUGGUGCCGAUGAUGGCUUCACCGACUUUAAAACGGCCAACAGCACUUCUCCACUAGAGCCUCCAGACCAGGCCAAGACAUUCCAACCUGCUUCUUUUCCAAUUCCUUUCGGCCCCUCUCAUUCUCUUUCACAAUCUCAGACCCAUCCAGCAUCUCUAGCACAGCCUAAGAACCCUCUAAACAUGUCAGACCUGAACCUCUUUUCCUCCAUAGUUCCUCCUUCCACUGUCGACUCUAAAGCCACCUCUUUUUCCAAUUCCUCCUCUUCCUCCGCGGCACCCUCGCUGCUCCUUCCUUCCACAGGCCCCAAACCAGAUGACUUUGGUGACUUUGCACUCUUUGGCUCCUCCUCCUCAUCAUCAUCUGCCUCUGAGGCAGCUGCCUCAGCUCAGAGAGGAUCUGCAGGAGGAGGAGCAGCGGUACAGGAGGACUUUGCUGAUUUCAUGUCGUUUGGUAACUCUGGGAAGCAGCCGAAUGAGAGCAGCAAGGAGAGUGAUGACUUUGCUGACUUUCAGUCAUCCAAAUUCCAAGAGAAGAGCUUAGUAGACAAGAUGGCUGCCUUUAAACAGGCCAAGGAGGACUCUGCUUCGGUUAAGUCGUUGGACCUGCCGUCUAUUGGAGGCAGCAGCGUGGGAAAAGAUGACUCGGAGGACGCACUGUCUGUGCAGCUGGACAUGAAGUUAUCAGAUGUGGCUGGAGAGCUAAAACACGGUGCAUCUGACAGUUCAUUGGACCUCCCAGGCCUAAGCUCCCAUCAGCCCCCCGCCACAGGUUUCUGUUCUCUUUCAGAGGUUGACGAUCUCAAGUUCGAUCCUUUCGGGAACUCUGGCAUCAGCGGUCUGAGCAGCUGCGACUGGUCCGACAAAGACGAUGCCCUGUCUGGUCAGGACACUAAAGCCCAGGGAGUUUGUGUGUCUGGGCUGCCCUCCUCAGCCAUGCUUCACAAGAAGGAGACGUCAUUUGGAAGCUCGGAGAACAUCACACUUACUACACUUGCAAAAGUCACCACGUUCCCCACUGAGGACGCAGGAUUUGCCGACUUCGCUGAUUUCAGCUCCACCCAGCAGGCACCUAGAGAGGAGGAAGAUGAUGAUUUUGGUGACUUUGCCAGCACGGUUUCAGAAAAAUCAGAUGCAGCUGAUCCGGCUCUUGAGGCCAGCCAUCCUGAGGCGCCGGACGACUUUGGCGCUUUCCAGGGUGACAAGCCCAAGUUUGGCAAAUCGGACUUCCUCAAGGCUAGUGCUCAGCCAAAAGCAAAAUCCAGUGAGGAGAUGAUCAAGAACGAGCUCGCCACAUUUGAUUUGUCUGUUCAAGGGUCCCACAAGCGAAGCCACAGUCUAGGGGACAAGGAGAUCUGCUCCACACCUUCUGCUCCUGAGCAGCAGUUCCGUGAUCGCUCCAACACCCUGAGUGAGAAACCGGCGCUGCCAGUCAUCCGGGACAAGUACAAAGACUUAACAGGAGAGGUGGAGGAGAGUGAGCGCUAUGCGUACGAAUGGCAGAGGUGCUUGGAAAGUGCUCUUCAGGUGAUCUCCACAGCCAACAACACCCUUAAUGGUAUCAGCAGUUCCACUGUGUGCACUGAGGUCAUCCAGUCAGCACAAGGCAUGGAGUACCUACUAGGUGUGGUGGAGGUCUAUCGUGUGGCCAGGCGAGUGGAGCUGGGCAUCAAGGCCACGGCCGUGUGCUCGGAGAAACUGCAGGAGCUGCUGAAAGACAUCAGUCGUGUGUGGAACAAUCUCAUGGGCUUCAUGUCUCUGGCCAACCUCUCACCUGAUGAGAGCUCUCUGGACUUCUCCUCCUGUAUCCUGAGGCAUGGCAUCAAGAAUGCAAAGGAGCUAGCCUGUGGAGUGUGUCUGCUCAACGUGGAUUCACGCAGCAAGAAGAAAGAAGAGAACACAUUUGGACGUCUGCUUAAAAAAGCACUGACAAAAGACCCAGGCACAAAGUUAACGGCUUUUAACUCGGAGACAGAUAACUUCAAACUGACGUACGGCGGGCACCAGUACCAUGCGAGCUGUGCUAAUUUCUGGAUUAACUGUGUAGAGCCCAAGCCUCCUGGCCUCAUCCUUCCUGACCUGCUAUGACUUCUCUGACCCAUCUCUGCUGCUGUAGAACAACUGACCCGGAUCUGAAUGUUUGCUCUUAAUUUAUUGUGUGUCGCCCCCCCCCCCUGGCUUCAGAAAAAAACUUCUGCUCCUUGAACUUGGCCUGUUAUGGUGCUCGGUGUUUUGUUUGCUGAUGUAAAGAAACAAGAAAAUCAAUAAUUUAUUGACGUGUCUUUAACUUUGCCUUUGUAUUUUGACACUCUAUCCAUCUGAAGGAGAGCAGAGAAGAAACUGUCAAACCUUUUAACUACUGUAUGAGAUGGACCUGACAACCAUCCAGAAUAAAGGAGGCUGUGUUCAUCAGAUGAACAGAAAUGUAACACAAACUUUAGGUAAUUCCAUAACGUGAAACAACCACGAUUUUCACUGUAUUAUUUAUAUUGGACACUUCUGUAGAUCAUGACUAUAUUAAUGUGUAAAUGAAACAUCCUUCAGACAUUUAUAUAGAAGUUUUUAGAAAGGCGGUUUUCUCUUGCUCAUGCUCAUCAGGGCUGUGCUGUCAUUUAGCUGGAACUUGAUCAUGUUAAUGCCUGGAAAUGGAGGGUGUGGCCACUAUAUGGCUGGAGAUGUAAUUUUAUUUUUAAGGAUCUUUCAUAAAACAUUACUAGCAGACAACCAUUCAAUCUGGCUUUUUACAGUGUUAAAUAUGUGACAGCAUGUUGGAUGUCUUCUCUUUCAUAUGAUGAAAUUAUACUUCAGCUGAUUGUGGUCUUUAAAAAUGGCUUGUUCUUUCUUCACCUUGGACAAAAUUCAGCUUGGUUAUAUAAAAUACUUUGAGCGUUAAUAACAUGUCUGUCAGUGGUGGUGAUGUCUGUUAUAGUGUCUAUUAAAAUGCUCUAAAAAUUG